CUCCGUAUAAUCAAAUUUUAAUAUUUUAUGGAUCUAGUGACACUUCAAUUAUGGCACUUGACACAUUAAAGUUUGUGUGGUCAGUUGCUACAAUUUCAAAUAUUGGUGGUUCUCCAUCUAGUCUGUUUAGUUUUGCUUCAACUCUAAUUGGAGCUUAUAUCCUUAUUGCAUUUGGAAGAAUUAACAAUUAUAAAUGGGUUACUGUAUACGAUCCUACCAAACAGCUCCAAUCUAUUCAACCCAUUCCUACUACUCCAACUUCCUCAACUUCUUCGCUAUCUACUGAUUCAUCUAGUAAUAUUGCCGCAAUUAUUGGAGGUACAUUUGGUGGAUUGGCAGGACUUAUAGUAUUAAUAACAAUUGCAGUGCUUAUUGUCAAAAGAUAUGGACAUCCUUCUCAUUCUAAUUUAGAAUUAGAAGAAUCAUCAAAAUUUAAUGAAAAUUCCAAUUUUGACUAUAAUUUAAACGAGGUUGAUAAUCAAUUUAACUCUUCUGAACCCUUAUUCGGCGGCCCAUUUUAUGAAUUAUAUUUAAAUUAUAUACUUCAUUUAAUGAAAACAACAUGGCGUGGUGAACUUAGAUCAUGGACAUUUUGUCAAGAUUUUGCCCCUCAAUUUUCCGGUGAUCCUAAUCAAUUCCAUUUCACCUCUGAAAACGUAUCUUCUGACCAUUUUACGGUUUUAUCAAUGGAUCAAAAUCUUUCACAGAGUGUAGCCUGCCCAGAAUUUUGGGCUAUACCCAUAAAUGAAUUAAAUUGUAGAGUAGUUUAUAAUGGGUAUGAACCUGGAGCAGAUUUGAGUAUCGGUGCUUAUUAUGAUAGAAUUGUUAAUGGCAAAGUUAUGGAGAAAUUAUUGGCUAUUGCUGGAAUUAGAAUCGCAGCUGU